AUGGCCAGACCCAAGUCUGACCUGAUGGACCCACGAAACGCGCCGCUUAGGAGUCAUCCGCCAGACAAGCCUCCAACUCAAGACCGGCCGGAAGAGGAACGUUCGGGUUCCGUUAUUCUUCCGCCGCAUGGAGGCGUGCUUCAAGGCGAGCAACGCGGCCGUUCCCAGGAACGGAACCAACAACGUGGCCAGUCUCGCAGUCCCUUCAAGCGACGGGACCAUUCGGAACUGCCCCCAAUCCAGACCAGUAGCCUGGGACAGUUGAUCCCUAAGUCCUCGACUGAUCCGUUGGGUCCUUCGGACUCGGACCUCAGCGGAGAGCGGCCUUUCUCGUCCAAGCUGAUUGAUAGACCUCCAUUCCAUUCGAACAAAGCUACAAUUCCCGGGGAGGAACAGCAGAAUGAUACUCAUGCACAGCAGGAUGCUUCCCAAGAAGAGAAAGAUAUGGAGGCAUAUCAAAAGUUCCGUGAAAGCCUGAGCAGCCUGGAUGAUUCGUCCAGUGAACAGGGAGACCAAGGUGAACAGUGCGACAGUUUGUUAGCCGAGAAGAAAGACCAAGUCAGACUGUUUCGUUCCAGUCUGCUUGCUGGAAUCAGGGUCCAGGAAGAUCGACGCGCCCGUUCCAAGCGUACUCCGACCCCCCCUGACCAUUCCCAAGGACCUAACCUUGCUUCCGAAUCUGAAACGCAUGCAUCCACCAUCAGCGAGAACAAAGAUUACAUCAUUGGGGCUCAAGAGAAUGACGAAUUUUCUCUCCCCGAGACGGUGAAGCCUCUUAACUCUUUCCAGGAAGAAACCAAAGAGUCCCUGAAUUGCCUCCUUGAGGACAUCGAGGACGAAGACGGAAAUAAGACUGACGUGGACGCAAUCACGAUCCGGGCUGGGGAACCUUGCCCAAUUCCUGCCGAUAUGCUGGAAACCAAGGUCGACAAGGGCCUGAGUGACGCAGAGGUGGCGAUUCGGCGCAAGAAGUAUGGCUGGAAUCGUAUGAAGGAACAGAAACGAAACCACUUUCUUAAUUUUCUCGCCUUUUUCAAUGGCCCGGUCCAGUGGGUGAUGGAGGUUGCGAUCCUGCUCGCCGUCGGUUUGCACGAUUGGAUCGACUUAGGAAUAAUCUGUGGUCUGCUCCUAUUGAACGCCAUGGUCGGAUUUGCCCAGGAGUACCAGGCAGGCAACAUUGUCGAGAGCCUCAAAGAAACUCUUGCCCUGAGAGUUCUGGUUGUUCGCAACGGCUCCAUCGUGGAGAUAAGUGCUGAAGAGGUCGUGAUCGGGGAUAUCAUUCAUGUGGAAGAUGGCACAAUCAUUGCGGCAGACGGCAGACUGGUAGGCGACGGGGCCUAUAUUCAAGUUGAUCAGUCUGGAAUAACGGGGGAAAGUCUCGCCGUGGAUAAGCAUAAAGGAGAUAUCCUGUUUGCUUCCUCGGCUGUCAAACGUGGAACUGGCCUCAUAAUUGUGACUGCCAUUGGUGAUCACACCUCUGUCGGAAAUACAGCAGUCCUGGUUAGCAAGGCUGGCAAUACCAUUGGUCACUUCACUCGUGUCCUGCGCGAAAUGGCCCGUGUUCUUCUGAUGCUGGUGGUUUUCACCCUUCUUGUUAUCUGGAUCAGCAGUUAUUAUCGCUCAAACCCGAUUGUCCAGAUACUUGAGUUCACGCUUGCGAUCACCGUCGUCGGAGUCCCCGUCGGUCUUCCUGUUGUUGUCACCACAACAAUGGCCGUGGGUGCAGCUUAUCUGGCAAAACAACAGGCUAUCGUGCAAAAUCUCUCAGCUAUUGAGUCAUCCAUACAUAGCCCCUGGAAUGGACGCAGAAAACCUUAUGCUGACUGCCUGUCUUGCGGCCACUCGAAAAAGGGCGGGAUCGAUGCUAUCGACAAGGUGUUCCUCAAGGGUCUCCGCCAGUACCCCUGGGCCAAAGAUCAGAUUCCCUCGUACAAGACUCUUGACUUCGUUCCGUUUGAUCCGGUGUCAAAGAAAGUGACUGCAUAUGUGCAAGCCCCGAAUGGCGAGAAGAUCAUCUGUGUGAAGGGUGCUCCCAUGACCAUCCUGAGAACAGUGGAGAAGGAAACCACCCUGUGCGAGCAGUUUUUCGCCGAAUACGAGGCAAAGGUCACCGAGUUUGCCAAUCGAGGAUUCCGUGCACUGGGAGUUGCUCGCAAGCGCCAAGGACGUCCCUGGGAGAUCCUGGGAAUCAUGCCAUGCUUGGAUCCCCCACGCCACGACACUGCGAAGACGAUUUCCGAGGCUCAAAACCUGGGGCUCUCUGUCAAAAUGCUCACUGGAGAUGCGGUGGCCAUUGCGCGCGAAACCGCACGUAGACUCGGUCUCGGAACCAAUAUCUACAACGCUGAACGGCUUGGUCUCACUGGCGCUGGCUCUAUGUCUGGCUCGGAGGUGAAUGAUUUUGUUGAAGCCGCAGAUGGCUUUGCAGAAGUGUACCCCCAGCACAAGUACAGUGUGGUGGAGAUUCUCCAGCGACGCGGCUAUCUGGUUGCAAUGACUGGCGACGGUGUGAACGACGCCGCUUCUUUGAAGAAGGCAAACACAGGUAUUGCGGUGGAGGGCGCAUCCGAUGCAGCCCGCUCUGCUGCUGAUAUUGUCUUCUUGGCGCCUGGCCUGUCAACUAUCAUUGAGGCAAUCAAGAUCGCUCGCCAGAUCUUCAAUCGCAUGUACUCCUAUGUCGUGUUUCGAAUUGCCCUUUCCAUUCACCUGGAAGCUUUUUUCGGACUCUGGAUUGCGAUCAAGAAUGAGACUCUCGACCUCCGCCUCGUUGUUCUCCUUGCCAUCUUUGCCGACGUUGCCACCUUGGCUAUCGCUUAUGACAAUGCAACGUAUUCUCAAUCCCCCGUCAAAUGGAACCAGCCAAGACUCUGGGGAGAAUCAAUUGCUCUAGGGUUCAUUCUGGCAGUCGGUACCUGGGUGACAUUGGGCACCAUCCUGUUGCAAGGCGAGGAUGGAGGAGUUAUCGAAGGCUGGGGCUCACGAGAUGAGGUUGUAUUCCUUGAAAUCGCUCUGACCCAGAGCUGGUUGAUUCUGAUAACUCGCGUCAAUGGAUCCGAAUCUGGAUCGUUCUCGGCCAACCGCCCAUCGAUUCACCUUGUUGCUGCGGUGCUUUCUGUCAAUUUGACUGCAACCCUGAUGGCCGCAUAUGGUGCAUUUGGCCAAGCCACAUCCUGGUUGACUGUCCUCCGCGUAUGGGUUCUUUCGUUUGGGGUGACAUGUGUGAACGCACUGGCCUACGUCAUGAUGCACACCUCGCAAAGAUUCGACAAUCUUAUGCACGGCAAAGGUCCCCAUAAGAGAGACAGAGAGCGCUCCUGGGAGGACUUCGGUCUUGAUUUGCAGCGAAUGGCCAAGCAGCAUGAGAAGCAUGAGAAGACCAGCUAG